AUGUCGCUGAUGGGGGCUUGGGGGGCUGGGACUUUAAAGUGUGGCAAUGGUGCCUUCUGUCACAACUUCAUCAUUGUUCUCAUUUCUCCAGACACCUCGGGGCCCCAAUUAGCUUGGACAAAACCGCAAUAUUUCCAGCACGAGAUCUGGUCAAAUCUGGGCAUCUUUCCCUCAAAAUUCACACUUUUGGAGAUUAAGAGCUUAGUGUCAGGUCUAUCGUUGUUGCAAAAGCUACCUGUACAGCGAUUGUUGAGCCUCUGGAGGCCCAAAUCAUCGUCCACAUUGUGGAAUCUGAAAAUGGCCUCGAAUUCAAGAGCCAAAGGGAACGCUGGCGGUGGGGAUGAGACACCAGGAAAUAGACAACCAAAGACAACGCCUUCCCACAGAGGGACACGAUAUAAGGAAAAAUUUCAGAUGCUCCGAGAAAAAUAUGACCAAGUGAAUGCUGACCAUGUAAUGGAGGGGUACAGGAAGUAG